GUUUUUCGUGUUUUGCUGUUGUUUGACAAUUAAGCACAUGCGCGUUAACCUACAAUUUUGCUUCAGCCAUUUAUGUUGAUAGCAUAUUAUCAAGUGUAAAACGUUAUAAUCAGUAUGACCGACUCCUCGAUGAAUUUUGGUCCGGCUUGGAUCCGGAACCUCCGUUCCGAAGGCACCACGACCGCCGGGGGCGGAGGCCCGAGCGGUGGCACGCGCUACCAGUUGGCAGAGUAUAGGUACGGUAGAGAAGAAAUGUUGGCGCUGUUCGAACGCAACGCAAAGCCCCCCGCGUCCCUCCUCACCUUCAAAACGCUAUAUUCCGAGCAAACGAUGGUCCCUCUGGCCCUCCUCCCGACCACGGAGGAGGAGCAGAGGGGCUGGCAAAGUCGCCCCACAAGCAUCAGUGGGGCGCCACGAGGCAGAGGAAGCUCUCUAGAGCGCGGGGGGCGUAUCAACAGAGGCAGAGGCGGCUACCCAGCCUACGGUCGGGCCGCCUCUUCAUACGACAGCGGAUGGGGCAACGGGGAACAGCCCGACUGGAGCCCCCGCAAAGAGUUUGCCUCUAGGUCAGCCCUCAUCGAUAAUUGGCGAAGAGUCAGGAAUAGUAAUGAAGAGGAUGACGGCUGGCGUAAUAUCAGCUCCGGUAGGGCUUUGCAUGAGAAAUGGGGGCGUUCGGCGAGCUGGCGUGGAGAUGGCGACUCGGAGGAAAGAAAUGGGCCUCCUGAAAGGGGGGCACGCGCCAAUUGGCACGAGAAUAACAGAGGGGCGCCGUUACGGAGGUCGUGGGAUAACGAGGAUCAUCUGCCGGAGUGGGCCACGGAGAACCCCACGGAAGGCGGAGGCACGUUUGAUGAAAGGGGCGCCUUUCAUGGUUCCGAUGACGAACAGGAUGGUAAAAGGGAUAAAAAGGAGAUGUUACAAAAGUCCACCUCACAACAACAUAUUCCAAGAGGGAAUCCCCCGUCGUUGUCCUCUUCCAAGUCCACUACGUCGCUUUCGAGGUCCGAGGAUAGUGAUAAAUAUAAAGAAGAACCUAGUGGUAAAGAACUUAAAGAAGAAGUUUUCAAACCGAAAGACAGCACUUCUCCAGAAAAGGAUAAAUCUAAAACAUCUCAAAAAUCCGACGAAAAAGACGAGCGAAAUUCCGAAGAAAGCAAAUCUCAAUCUUUGGGUAGUAACGGCCCUCCCCAAGACCYAAUCGCCCCAAACAUCGACAAAGGGGACGAGGAUUUCGAUCGUCUCCAAGAAGAUCUCGUCUUAAAGCUAGUCGUGGACGAAGAAACGCCCAAAUCUCAACAACCGUCGACAAACUUUGACGUGGCAGGGGUGCAACCACCCCCCAAUCUUGCCCCACCCUCCCAAGAUAAAUGGUACUAUCAAGACCCGCAAGGUACCAGACAAGGGCCAUUCGCCAACGUGGAAAUGGCCGAAUGGUACAAAGCGGGCUAUUUUAGUAACCAAUUACACGUAAUGCGGGAGUGUGACGAAAGGUAUUUUCUAUUGGGUGAAUUAAUUAAUUUGUGUGGGGGCGAAAAUCCAUUCUUAUCGAAUCGAAGAUUUCCGGUGUUGAAAAGCGAGGCGAAAUUACCCGAAGACAUGUUGCCGUAUCAGUUUUUGUCACAGUUAGCGUUUAAACAGCAAGUGUCUUUGAGGAAUUUAGCGGAGCCGUGGAGCGCCCUCACGCUGCAACAGCAGGAAUUGGCCGCACAAAGGCUGUUAAUGCAACAACAGCAACAACAACUACCGCCUGAUUUGCCCUUCAUGCAACAGACCACGCCGUCAAAUCCCCUCAUGUAUAUGAUUAAUCAAAUGCAGCAAAGUAAUAAACUCCCGGGUUCAGUCCUAGUGGACAAGCCAGCCAGCAGUGUGCCUAACCAGCUCGAUCCUCUCCUGGUCCAAAUGGGAAAUAUGCAUUCAUUGCAGAACCGAAUGCAAACUCCCGGUCUCCAUAACCACCUUCCUGGGGGUGGAGUCCCCACAAAUUUGACAUCAUCUUUGCCUCCCGACAGUGUGGGUAACACUUUGCCAAAUUUACAAAAUCCCACAAUUCCCACAUUACCUGGAAUGCAUGGUGGGAAUUUACCAACGGGUCUUCCCGGCCCAAUUAACGUAAAUCGACCCACAUCCCACACAUCAAUUGAUCAAUUACCACCACCAGGACAGGAUAACGAUCCCAUUACGAAUUUUUUGAAACAGUUUCAGCAACAGAGACAAAUGCCUUUGGAUUCACUUUGGCAGAAACAGAAUCAAUUUGGGACACCCCCAGUGAGUACCUCAACGCAAUGGCCCCAACAGACUGAUGCGACUAUAUCAAUGUGGGAUAUGCAAACAUCUGAAGGGACGGAACAACCACCCCAGGAUAAGGAACAAGAAAAAAAACCGAAAGAAGAAUUAUCACAAAAAGAAUUGAAGAAACGAAAGGAACAAGAAGAGAAACAAGCAAAGAAAGAAGCUGACGAACGAAGAAAACAAGAACAAAAGAAGCAGGAGGCUGAACGGAAAACCGCCGAAGACAAGAAGAAAAAGGAAGAGGAGAAAAUCCGAAAAGAAUUGGAAAAAGCGAAGAAGGAAGCAGAAGAAAAGCGCCUACGUGAGUURGAAGAGAAACGACGACUUAAAGAACAGCGCAAAGCCGAAGAAGAAUUGAGGAAAAAGAACGAGGAAUUGAAAAAAAUCGAAGAAGAGAAGAACAGACGUGAGAAAGAAAAAGAGGAGAGAAAGCAAGCGGAGGUUGCAAAAUUGAAUCAGAAUCAGACUAGAGGUGCUUCCAAGACCGCUCCAUGGUGCCAAUCGAAUUUUACUUCGAAUUUAAAUUUGACAGAGAUUCAGAAAGCCGAAAAGGAGAAACGUGCAAUGGAAGCGGCUCUCCAACUCCAAAAGCAACAACUUCACGAGUUGCAACAGCAACAACAAAUUGAGAAAACUGGCGGUCUUCAAUUGAAUUGGGCUAAGAAGCCGAUUGAGCCGCGGAAAGUCAAGUCAGUUGCUGAAAUUCAAGCCGAAGAGCAAGAAAGGUUAGCAAAGUUGACAGCUGAGGCGAGAAUGGCAGCGCAACUUAAAGAGAAAGAAGCCCCAGUGUCGAAUUCUGGUAGUAUUUGGAAUGGUCAAAGUCUGACGUGGGCAAAUGCUUCCUCAACCUCUCAGUGGUCGUCGUCGAAUUCUGGAGGUUUCUGGGAUGAGGUCCCGACAAAAGCUUCUAAUAAACCGUCCACAGUAUCUAAGAGUAAUUCAACUAGUGCCAUGACUACUACUAAGCAGCAACAACAAAAGCAAUCGAAGAGUAAAACCAAGAAAGAGGAAUCACCAAAAUCAGUCAAUAAUAAUAAUAAUCAAAGUAAGGACGAAUUUACGGAUUGGUGCUACAAGACUUUAGCUAAUAUUUCCGCUGACGUAGAUAUUCCCACAUUUGUGACUUUCCUGCGUGAUAUUGAGUCAGCUUAUGAUGUGAGAGACUACUGCAAGGAGUAUUUAGGCGAAAGUCCGGCAACGCAGCAAUUCGCGUCGAAUUUCUUGGAGAAAAGGCGCUCGUUUAAGCCUAAGAACAAUGCUCACAAAGACGAUAUGUGUUCGCCGGCACCGGCAAUAACCCCGUCGUUGCAACAUAGUACUGAAUUCCAAGAAGUUAAAGGUAAAAAUAAGAAAAAUAAAAAGUCAAGGAUGUUAAAAGUUGACUCUCGAAUCUUGGGGUUUAACGUCACUUCAGCUCCAGACCGAAUCAAUGUGGGUGAUAGAGAUUAUGGUGAUAACUCGUAAAAUUUUGUUUCUGUUUAAAAAUCACCAAACUGUUAUUGUACCUUUAUAUAAAAUAUAUUAUAUUAAUAUGAAUUAA